AUGGAUAGAGAACGAUAUGAUAAGGUGAUUGAAGCAUGUUCUUUGAGUAAAGAUCUGGAGAUACUUUCAUUCGGUGAUCAGACCGUCAUUGGAGAACGCGGCAUCAAUUUGAGUGGUGGACAAAAGCAAAGAAUACAUAUUGCACGCGCUCUCUACCAAGAUGCGGACAUCUAUCUGUUUGAUGAUCCUUUUAGUGCUGUCGAUGCACACACAGGGUCACAUCUCUUUAAGGAAGCUCUACGAGGGCUUUUAUGUUCUAAAUCGGUUAUAUAUGUAACCCAUCAAGUUGAGUUCUUACCUUCUGCUGAUCUUACACUGGUCAUGAAAGAUGGGAGAAUCAGCCAAGCUGGAAAAUAUAAUGAUAUCCUCAUCUCUGGAACAGAUUUCAGGGAGCUUAUAGGUGCGCAUCAAGAGUCUCUGGCAGUAGUUGGGUCGGCUGAUGCCAGUUCUGUUUCUGAAAACUCAGCUUUAGACGAAGAAAAUGGUGUUGUGAGAGAUGAUAUUGGUUUCGACGGGAAACAAGAAAGUCAAGAUCUGAAGAACGAUAAAUUAGAUUCUGGGGAGCCCCAAAGACAAUUUGUUCAAGAGGAAGAGAGGGCGAAAGGUAGCGUCGCUUUGGAUGUAUACUGGAAAUAUAUCACACUGGCAUACGGAGGAGCUCUUGUGCCUUUCAUAUUGUUGGGGCAAAUUCUCUUUCAGCUUCUACAGAUUGGAAGUAACUACUGGAUGGCUUGGGCUACUCCUAUUUCUGAGGAUGUGCAAGCUCCUGUGAAACUUUCUACGUUAAUGGUUGUGUAUGUUGCUUUGGCAUUUGGAAGUUCCCUCUGCAUUCUUGUUAGAGCCACGCUUCUUGUCACGGCUGGUUACAAGACUGCUACUGAACUGUUUCAUAAAAUGCAUCACUGCAUUUUCCGUUCUCCAAUGUCUUUUAAAAUUGCAAAAACUUGUUCAAAAACUUGUAUAUAUUCAUCAUAA